AUGAUAAAAUCAUUGAGGUUGAUAUUGAAGGUUUAUAUGUUCGAUGUCCAUCUUAUCUUCCUUAUUUCGAAGGAUGGAGUCCUGGUACUUUAUUUAAUAUAUUUAUGAAGAAUGAUAAUCAUUUGUUUGUCAAUCUUCGUAAUGAUCCUAUUGCAAAAAUAAUAAAUUCAAUUAUUCCUUAUACUUUUCUUUUAAUUUUGAUAAUUUUAUCACCUUUAGCAGCACUCGUUUUUUAUUUUUAUUUUAUUGCUUUUAAACUGAAACAAAUUUUAUUUCAAUCUCUUACCUCUACUGCCAUCGCUACACUUACCUUUUUUAUUACAACAUCCAUUAAUACAAAUAACGCAUCUUUUGAAAAAUUUAAAUUUGCUUCUUAUUUAUUAUAUUUGGGUAUCGUUGCUCAAUUUUUGAUAUCUAAAGAACUUACUUAUUUACUAUUAUCCUUUCUUAGUUCAUACAGUUUAUUAGUAUAUGGAACAGUGUUUCUUGGAGUUACUAACGUUAAAAGUUUAUAUGAACAACAUCAUAUUUAUCUUAGUUUACUUCAUAGAAUUGAAAUUUUUAACAAAAUUGCAAUUAACUUUUCUGGUAUUUUUAAACAUUUUAUUAUUAUAUUUAUUUCUCGUGGUUUAUCUGUUUGUGAAUCAAAAAUGGUAGAAAAGUAUAUAGAUUUUCAUCAUAAUGAUGACAAAAUUUAUUUUUGGUUUGAUGAAGAAAGAAUAAUAGAUUCAAAUUAUAAUCAUGUAUCUUUUGAUAAAAAUUCAUUUAAUUAUUUAGAAAAGGUUAAAAAAGAAUGUAGUAUGGCGGAAGUUGAAGAAGGAGAAAUAGACAAAAAAUUUAAAAUAAUAUGUUUUAAAGAAAAUUGGUGUAUUUUUAUAACUGUUAAUUAUUGA